AUGCCAUACUGCGCGCAAUACUGCUUCGUGACUGGCGGCGAUUCCUUGACAAACUGUCAACUGGGACUUGAUGAGUGCAUAUGCGCUGAAAGUACGGAUGACGUCCUGCGUGCGGUUAUGAAGACAUGCGUCGAAAUCAAGUGUGACAUUUGGCCUAUUUUCGCCGAAUUCUGCGUCACAGAAGGUUACCUCGACUCUUCCGAAACGGCGCUGCCUAGUAGUAUGACAGCUACAGCCGAUCCGUCAACUGCAACAUCGGCGAUAAUGACAAACACUCCAUCAACCACAACAUCUGUAAUGGACAUGACGGAAUCGACAGCCCCCGCCGCAGAGUCCGAUUCUUCGAGCACCAAUGAUGAAGACGCCUCCUCUUCGAGUAGGCUUUCUCCGGCUGCGAAGGCAGGCAUUGCGAUCGGGGCUACUCUGCCAAGAAUAGUAGGCGCAGUAUUACUCGCUCUGUGGCCUUAG